CGCACAUAGAGGAGGAGGAGGAAAAAGGAGACCAUAGACUUCCACCUGGGCCUAGAGUGGCUCUUAGAGGAGUGGGGAGAGGAGGGCGGGCGGGGACCACCUUCAGAGCAGGCCGCCGGCGGUAUCAUGGCGACCCGGAACCCCCCUCCCCAAGAAUAUGAAAGUGAUGACGACUCUUACGAAGUGUUGGAUUUAACUGAGUAUGCAAGAAGACACCAUUGGUGGAAUCGAGUGUUUGGCCACAGUUCCGGACCUAUGGUAGAAAAAUACUCAGUAGCCACUCAGAUUGUAAUGGGUGGAGUGACUGGCUGGUGUGCGGGAUUUUUGUUCCAGAAAGUUGGAAAACUUGCAGCAACUGCAGUAGGUGGUGGCUUUCUUCUCCUUCAGGUUGCCAGUCACAGUGGCUAUGUGCAGAUCGACUGGAAGAGAGUUGAAAAAGAUGUAAACAAAGCAAAAAGACAGAUUAAGAAACGAGCAAAUAAGGCAGCACCUGAAAUCAACAAUAUAAUUGAGGAAGCAACAGAAUUUGUCAAACAGAACAUUGUGAUAUCCAGUGGAUUUGUGGGAGGCUUUUUGCUGGGCCUUGCAUCUUAAGGAUGUGAAUGUUCUAUCACGGUGGAGUCUCCUAUGAGAAGAGAAGUGGUGGCGACAAGGUGGUCUCUCAGCAUUACGCGCUGCCAGAUUCUCCGGGGCAACGAGAAACAACUAGCUGGACGACACCAAACUCACAGCUUAGCAUUUUGCCAUCUGAAGCUUGGCAAACUAGUAUGUGCUGUAAAACAACCUAUAUGGUAUGUGUACAAUAGUGUUCCAGAGCAAAACAUGGCUUUCAGUAUUUUUUUAACAUUUUCAUUUGUUUAGAAAUUAGCCUAUAGAAUAUCACCAUUGGAUGUAGAUACGGGGAACAAAAUCUAUUGGAUCUAUUCCCCAGUGAAAUACUAUCCCUUUUAAUUUAAAUAAGAUGUUCUUCAUUGUGCUUUAUAGUAUAGUGCCAAUAAUUAAAAAUUUGUAUUAUAGCUUCAACAUUAGGGCUGACUUUUUUUAAAGAUAAGUUUGCAAUAAAUUGAAGAAUUGUAAUGCCCUUUUGUGGAAGAAUUUAGAAAUCAUAGAAUUAUUAAAGAUAUUGAACAGAUUUAAUGCCAAUUUUUAGGUUGUUUUUUCCUGCAAUUCUUACUUUGCUUACAUAAUAACUGUUGUAAACAGUUUCAAGGAAGGCUCUUCUGAGGAAAUACUGUCUAAUGCUCUUUUUCUUCUUUUUGAUGUCUGUAGUUGUAAAAAUAUCUUCUUGUAUAUAAGCUUCUAAUUUUUUUUAUUAAUUUAUUUAUCCUGGCAGCCUGGACAGAACUAAUGAUUUUGAGAGUACAUACAAUUGGGUCACUAACUUGUUUUAUUAACCUUGAGUGACCCUCCUUUCUCGUUUCUAAAAAUCCUAAUUGUUGUUUUGGCCCCUUCUUCACAAAGUGGUAAAAAUCACUUUAAAAUACUUAGUAGUAUGGUAUGAAUUUACUGUUUGAAGAACAGUGAUUUUCCAUAUAAUCAUGAAAUUGUACCUUAAAGAGAAUUGUCUCCUUGAUGUAGUCUGAGGCGUAAGUGCUAAGGCUCUCAGGUUUUGGUGGCAUUAUGCUGGUUGGACACUAGACCGGUUGACUUGUGUCUCAGGGCCUACAUCACACUGCCUCAGAAGCCCUUUGCGCGGAAAAACUUCUGUAUUGUUUGUUUUGUCCAUAGAGUUCUAGGUCCGAAUUGGGAAAAACAGCAGAACAACAUGUGUUGGAAUCUUCAGAUUGGAAAGACCUUGCAGAUAUCCAGACUGUCUCCUUUUGGGAGGAAGUCCCCAUAGCAUUUUUUAUGUAUUGUAAACAUAAGGCAUUUCAUACUUUCAAGAUUGGUUACAAUCUGUGUGCUUUGAUUACACAAGACUCCUUAAAAUUGAAUGUGCGAUCGAUUUUCGUUUUCUUCCUUUACUCUCAUUAGUGCCUCAGAUACAAUGCUAAAUAAAACUCAGACUUUCUUAAUAUGAAGUGAUUUUGCUUAUAAAUACUUGUUUUUUCUUCUUUGAGCUUUUCUCUGUUUCUGCCUUCUCAAGGUUUUCAUUGCUGUGGAAUUUAAAGGGAAAAAUAUUCUAUAUCGGGUGGAACCUUGGCCACACUUCUGUGCGCCGUAUCUGCGGGAUGCUUUCGUCUGAUACGGUGAGGCAGGCUACUGUGGGGAGCUCUAGUAGCUGGCUCAGUUUGUUCAUUUUGGAAAUAUUUAUAGUGUUUGUUCUGUACAUGAUAGACUAGGAAAGGGGGGGCACAAAAAUGUCUGCCUUCAAAUAGAGACUAAAAAUUCUUGUAUGACAAGUUAUGUAAUGCUAUCGGGGAACCUGGUGUAUGAUUUAGUGGCAUGUGAGUAGUAGCGAUAACUACUUUCAGAGUCCAAACAUGAAUGAAAAUUGAAAAAGAUAGCUCUUCAUUUUUACCUAUACAUUUCCAAAUAUCUACUGAUUUGUUUGAAAAUAUUUGUCUACAAAUGCAAAGUAUUAUCAGUGCUCUCCAUUCUGUCUCCUCUCUGUUAGUGCUCCUUGUUCUGCGUCAUAUCUGCACCACUUCCCCACUAGGUUGUAUGCUCCUUGAGGCAAUCGUAUGUUUUAAUCAAUCUCUAACUUGUGACGCACGCUGUGUAAUGCUUUGCUCAUGGUAGCUAUUUGGUAAUGUUGUGAAUGAAUGAACGAGUGUGUGAAAAGCAUAUUACUGUGCUAGAGUUGGUGUCAACCUAUAAGAAACCUUUCUCUGUGUAGCAGUCCGGUGAAUUAGAGGCUCCAUCAGAAAUGGCUUGGUGGGGUUUGGUUGGAAUGAAAAGCUUAUAACCUACCUUUGAAUAAAAUGGGGAUUUUUAUGUUUGAGGAUAUAAAGGCUGUUUGCAGGAUUUAUUAAAACUUGAGUAUAUGGAAUACAGGUAUUUUGUGGCCUAGGCUUUGGAAGAUAUGUAAGGACAUUUUGACUGAUUUUUGUUUUUUAUUCUUAUAGCCCUCUCAAACCUCCCUCACAAAAAAAGAUGAUUUUUAAUGUUUCCUUAUUUCAAAUGCAAUAUGAAUUAAAUAUGUUCAUUACAGAAAAAUACAUCAGCAUAAAGAAUAUAUAGAAUGUUUAUAAUAUGAUGUACUAGAGAUAUUUUUUGUCCAUAGCCUUUGGAGUCUUUCCUACUUGUGUAUGGACAUUUAUGUGUAUUUUGUGUAAAAAUUGAAUCACUACUAUUUUAUAAAUAGCUAUUUUCAGUUACGUAUUAUGAAUGUCUUUUGUAAUAGUAGAUACAUUUAUGAUGACAGAAAGAUGUAAGUACCCACCCUGUCUCCCUUUAUGAGACAACCAUUAUUAAAAGUUCUUUUUAUAUAUUUUAAUAUAUUUAUACUUAUUUUUAUUGUCCAUGUUUGGAUAGUAUAUAUUGAAUGUCCACUCUGAAAGGUAAGGAAUUUUGUGCAUAUCCCGUU